AUGAUCAAGCAAGAAUAUACUGUGCCGCAUAAUCCAGAACAGAAUGACAUGGAAGAACGCAUGAAUCGCACGAUGACCGAAAUAACUCACUGCAUGCUGAGCGAUGUAAAAUUAGCAAGGUUUACUGGUGUGAUCAUUGAUGACUGCUGUGGACAUCCGAAAUAUAUUACCAAGCGCGUCAAGAGCAAUAUUGGUUUCACACAGCGUGACAUUUGCGAAGUGUAUUCAGUAAAAUUGCGCAGUAACAGUGCGCCGAGUGUAAUUGACAUCGUGGACGAAGACGAAGAAGGUGAAGAGCUGAGCGGCGUGCCAAUUAGUAUGGACACUCAAAUCCCAAUCACGGUCCUGGUCGAACGACCAAUCGGCGCGAUCACGACGCAAAAUUUAAUCACGCCAGGACGUGAUGGUGAGCAUGGAUCAAAUGUGCAACCUGUGCGCAAGAAACAAGCGGUAGCAAGAAACGAGCAAAAAUCUUUGCUUGCGGCGCGGAGAGUCCAACCUCAACGACAUCAAGGAUAA